AUGGCCAGCUUGAUCCAAGAUUCCAUUGCCGGACAUGCGAUUCGAUUCCUCAGCAAAGGCCGCGUUUUCAAGUAUGCCGAGGAACGCGAUCCCUCGCUUUGGAAGCAAUACACAAACAAGGAAAAGUCCAGUCGCAUGGCCUACCAUGGCCGGAUGGACUCAAUUGGCGAAGCGGACGGGAUUACGGACGGUGUGACUCCAAGGUCAAGUCGAAGUUCUAGAAUCGAGUCUAUGGGGAGGAUUCCGUCGUCGGCUUGGUCGGAUCGAGGGAAUCGUUUUCAAGGUCUGACUGGGAUGCGGAUUAAUCCGGAGGAGGGCAAGGAUAUCCAUUUGAUUGACUGGUGGGAUGAUAAAGACCAGGAGAACCCCCAGAAUUGGCCGAUGUGGAAGAAGCUUUUCGUCACCUUCGAGAUCUGCCUACUCACAUUUAGCGUCCACAUCGGAAGUGCUAUUUUCACUCCCGGAAUACCUACCGUGAUACAGGACUUUGGGGUCAGCCAGGUUGCAGCGACGCUGGGAUUGACGCUUUUUGUCGGUGGAUAUGGUCUUGGGCCAUUGUUAUGGUCGCCCAUGAGCGAGAUCCCUCAGAUUGGGAGGAAUCCGGUGUAUAUUGCAACGUUGAUUGUUUUCGUGGCGCUUCAGGUUCCGACAGCGCUGGCUGGGAACUUUGGGACGUUGCUAGCAUUUCGGUUUUUGACGGGAUUAUUUGGAUCGCCGGCACUGGCCACGGGAGGAGCGACUAUUGCCGACAUGUACAAACCAUCAAAACGAGCGUACGGGAUCGGGAUCUGGGGUCUCAGUGCCGUCUGUGGUCCCGUGCUAGGACCACUAGUAGGUGGUUUUGCUGCCCAGGCCAAACGCUGGAGAUGGACCAUCUGGGAACUGAUGUGGCUCUCUGGGUUCGCUCUUGCAAUGCUGAUUGUCUUUCUACCAGAAACAUCAUCAGCAAAUAUUCUGUACCGGCGCGCACGCCGCUUACGGAAAAUUACAGGACGCAAUAACCUGAUGAGCGAACCGGAGAUAGAAAGUGAGGGCUUAAGCAGACGAGAGAUGGCCAUGAUCAUCUUGGUCAGACCAUUCACCCUCAACUUCCUCGAACCAAUGGUCUUCCUACUCAACCUCUAUAUCGCCCUCAUCUACGGCCUGCUAUACGUCUGGUUCGAAUCGUUUGAGAUCGUUUUCGUCGGAAUAUACCACUUUAACCUAGGCCAACAAGGCUUAGCAUACAUCGGCAUCCUCGUCGGCGCCAUCAUCACCAUUCCCCCAUACUACUGGUGGAUGAACAAAUACCUCGAGCCCAAAUUCGACGAGAACGGCAACAUCCGACCAGAGGCCCGUCUCCCACCAGCCUGUUUCGGUGGAUGCUUCAUCCCCAUCUGUCUCUUCUGGUUCGGAUGGAGCGCGCGACCGGAUAUCCACUGGAUCAUGCCGAUCGUCGGAUCUGGAUUUUUCUCCGUCGGCGCGUUUCUGCUAUUCAAUUCGGUGUUGAAUUACCUGCCCGAUGCGUAUCCGACCUAUGCAGCUUCGGUGCUGGCGGGGAAUGAUCUGUUUCGGUCGGCGUUUGGUGCUGGGUUUCCGUUGUUUGCGUCGGCGAUGUAUCACAAUUUGGGGGUGGAUUGGGCGAGUUCGACAUUGGCGUUCUUGAGUAUUGUUUUUAUUCCGAUUCCGUGGGUUUUGAUGAGGUAUGGCGAGGUUCUGAGAAAGAAAUACAGCCGAUACGCCCGGAAAGACAUAUAA